AAGGCAGGCGGGCGGGCAACGUGGUGGUCGGGUUGGUGGACAGAUGAUUGUCCGCGUUAUUAACUAUGUUUGAGCAGUGCAGACCACGCCUCCUUCACCUACUAGUCCUCCCCUUCGCGUGCAGACCACGCCUCCUUCACCUACUAGUCCUCUCUCCUGUUUGGCAUCCCAGAGAUGGUCCAAAGUGAUUCCUCAGGGAAGGAAAAAGAGCGCAAAUCACCCGAGCGGGAGCUGAGGAGGAGUUGAGCCGCUGCUACCCGGGACUGCCUCUUAAUUGCGCGUAAUCUUCCGUUUCAUUCAUCUGAGCUGAGAGAGAGAGGAGGGGAAGACUUUGUAAAUAAGGAAACGGAGCUAAGGAAGGCGAAACGUGUUUUCAUCUCCUCGUAUUUCGUUUUCUCUUUGGACUGUUUGUUUGCAAGAAAAAAAGAAAAGAGACAGAAAGAGGGGGAAACUGACAUUUUUGCUCGCGUUUGUGUCAGCUGCACCUUGAUCCCGGGGACUGUCGCCAACUCAGUGCAGCCUCUCAUCCUGCGCUUCCCCCCUCUUUCAUCGUUUCUCACGCUGUUCAUCUUCACACAGCUGCUGCUUCCCCACUCCGUUUUCCUUCUGGAGUCGCUGACACGAGGUGCAGCUAACCUCGGAUGCUGACAGCUCCCGGCCCCCCUUUAUUCUUUCUUUCUUUCUUUUUUCCUUCCACAUGUCGCAUCUUUUGUUUACUUUGAGAAACACGCCGCAACUAAACGCCGAGUGAAACAGACCACGCCACUUUGCUCCUUCUGACAGCGCGAUCAAACAGACACGCAAGAGGAGGGGAGGCAGGAGGGGAAAAGAAGAAGAAGAAGAAGAAGAAGAGAGAGAGAGAGAGAGAGAGUGAAAGGAGGGAGCCGAGGAGAGGAGGAGAGAGAGAGAGAGGGGGGGAGAGAGAGAGAGUGAGUGAGUGAGUGAGAGAUAGAGACAGUGUGAAGGUGCGUUUUGAUGUUUGGCAUCCACGAGAGCAUCCAGAGGAGUGGGAGUAGUAUGAAAGAAGAGCCCAUGGUGGCCGGGAUGAACGCGGUUCGGACAUGGAUGCAGGGCGCCGGGGUGCUGGACGCCAACACAGCAGCCCAGAGCGGAGUGGGUCUCGCUCGGGCACACUUCGAGAAACAGCCGCCCUCCAACCUCCGCAAGUCCAACUUCUUCCACUUCGUCCUGGCUUUGUACGACAGACAGGGUCAGCCGGUGGAAAUAGAGAGAACCACUUUCGUCGACUUUGUAGAGAAGGAAAAGGAAAUGACGGGGGAAAAGACCAACAAUGGGAUCCAUUAUAGACUUCAGCUCCUCUACAGUAACGGGAUCAGGACGGAGCAGGACUUGUAUGUUCGUCUCAUUGACUCUAUGACUAAACAGGCCAUUGUUUAUGAGGGCCAGGACAAAAAUCCAGAGAUGUGUCGGGUGCUGCUGACCCAUGAGAUCAUGUGCAGUCGAUGCUGCGAUAAGAAGAGUUGCGGCAACAGGAAUGAGACCCCAUCAGACCCUGUCAUCAUCGACAGGUUCUUCCUCAAGUUCUUCCUGAAGUGUAACCAGAACUGCCUGAAGAAUGCAGGGAACCCUCGAGACAUGAGGCGUUUUCAGGUGGUUGUGUCGACUACGGUGAGCGUGGAGGGUCACGUUCUGGCCGUCUCCGACAACAUGUUUGUGCACAAUAACUCAAAACACGGGCGCCGAGCUCGGAGGCUGGACCCGUCAGAAGGAACGCCAUCCUACCUGGAACACGCAACCCCCAGCAUCAAAGCCAUCAGCCCUAGUGAAGGCUGGACCACAGGGGGCGCAACAGUCAUCAUCAUCGGGGACAACUUCUUUGACGGCCUACAGGUCAUCUUUGGGACAAUGCUGGUCUGGAGUGAGCUCAUCACCCCCCAUGCCAUCCGCGUCCAGACUCCACCCAGACACAUCCCCGGGGUGGUGGAAGUCACACUCUCCUACAAAUCCAAACAGUUCUGCAAAGGCACACCUGGACGCUUCAUCUACACAGCGCUGAACGAGCCAACCAUAGACUACGGCUUCCAGAGGUUACAGAAGGUCAUUCCCAGACACCCUGGAGAUCAAGAGAGAUUACCUAAGGAGGUGAUUUUAAAGAGAGCGGCAGAUCUGGUGGAGGCCUUGUACGGGAUGCCUCACAAUAACCAGGAGAUGAUUCUGAAACGCGCAGCGGAUAUCGCGGAGGCCCUCUAUACAACAGUGCCAAGAGGGCACAACCAGCUAGCCAGUCUUGGCAGCAGCUCUGUUCAUGCUGGCAUGAUGGCAGUAAACUCCUUCACCGGGUCAGAGGUGGCACAAACAGCCAAUCAGGGUUUCAGUAGGAGUACAAGCAGUGUGUCCCCUCAUGGUUAUGUCCCCAGCUCCACUCCCCAGCAGAGUAGCUACAGCUCUGUCUCCACUAGCAUGAAUGGCUACGCUAACUCUGGCAUGGCAACCUUGGGCACCUCGCCCAACUUCCUCAAUGGAUCUGCAGGCAACUCGCCCUAUGCUAUCGUCCCGUCCAGCCCGACGAUGGCGUCGUCGACCAGCCUGCCCUCCAACUGCAGCAGCUCCUCCGGCAUCUUCUCCUUCUCUCCAGCUAACAUGGUGUCUGCAGCUGUCAAGCAGAAGAGCGCCUUUGCCCCCGUUGUCCGACCCCAGAAUUCCCCUCCUCCCACAUGCACCAGCGCUAAUGCUAACAGCCUGCAAGCUGCUUUUCAGGCCCCAGAUAGACUGGUCAGUGUGGGAGGAGGACAAUAGGAGUGGGAGGCCGAGGGCAGCGUGGAGCCAGCAGACCUCAGCCCUCUGGAGACGUAACAUUAAAGACGCUAUUCCUGGAGAACUACUCCACUGGAUAGAGCCGGCAGAGCCCGCGCACAUCAAGAGAGGUGCUGUUCAGGAGCUUCUGUGCUACUAGUACCCUAAUGAAAUAUAUUAAUGCACACAUUCCUCGCUCUCCUACUCCACCUCCUUCUUUUUUCUCAUUCUCCUCCCUGCAUGGACACAUGAAGGGAGGAAGAGCGGAGAGAUGUAUUUGAAAGAAAAACAGGAGUCCCCAUGGGGAUCUCGGAUAAAGAAGAGGAAAGAAAAGAAAUGGAAAGGAGAGAGGAUGGGAGUGUAUGAGUGUGUGUGUAGGGGGAUAUUCAGAAUGGAGGCAAGGCUUAGACAGCGAGCAAAACACAAGGAGAGGAGGGAUGAAUAUUAAUAAUAUUCUGUGUUGGAAAAUAGUCACAAUGGACAUCAUAGAAAGACACAGAGAGGCAACGGGAAGCGAGAGCCAUCCCCGGCCUUACUUACUGAGCGCGUGCGCACCUUCCCGCAUGCGCACGAACACGCCUGCCAGUUAGACGGAGCAUAUUUGAGCACACCUCGAACGAGUGUGUACUCACAGUCGGGUUUUGCGCGCCCGCUUGCGAGGGUGUGUGGUCGUUUCCCACAGUAAUUAUCCCGAUGACUGUGGGUGUCUGUCUAUGAUCUGUGUGGUACCUGUCAGAGGGAGCCCAGCAGAGCCCGUGCUUUAUAUUCCCUGUAAUUGCUGCUGCUAAUUUACUGUGCGUUGGCCUAAUGAGUAGGGAGGUGAGGGGCUGGGGUAUGUAAUGGAUGUUAGAGAGAUAGAGAUAGAGAGAUGGAUUUCACCACUGCCGGCACAGAGAGAGGGAAGAGGGGAGGAGGCCGGCGAACUGUGUGUGUUAAGCAAGCAUGUAGAACACUUAUCUUUAUUGUUCUACUAAAAUGAAAAAAAAAACAAAAAGCAAAAAAACCAAAACAAAAGAUAAGCUAUUUGCCCCUCCACCACCACCACUACCACCCUCCUCCUCCUGCUUUCCCUUUCCCUCUUUCUCCCCCCUCCAGCCUCCCCUCCUCAGCUGACGGUACAGUGGCGACUACAGCGAGCGCAUUAGACGAGCUUUUUGUUAUGUUGAUUAAUGAUAAAAGCAAAUCCAUAAAUAAUAUAGAUUAUUUAUUCCAUUUAUUCACAUGCUAAUUAGAGCUAGAAACAGAUACCUCAGAGAGAUGGCUCUUUUUUUUGUACACCCCCCCCCCCAUCUGUUCCGGUGCAGUCAGAUAGAUAGACCAGCUGACAUUCACCCACACGCAUAGACAGUCACACGUUAAUGUCAUUCACACUUUGAAGCACCAAUGGUAUCUUGUGAUGGGGACACGUCCACCCUUCAUUUCUCCCUAAUGAGGUCAUGAUAGAGGCCAGCGGUUUCGGCACGCCGCACACACCCCUCUGUUUUUCCAGGCGCACACAUUCGGCGAACGCUGGAUUGACAGGGUCGUCUUUGAUUGAUGCACCGCGGUUCUUCCACAUGUUCUACAGCUCACUCAUUUAAUUAUGUUUCCUAAGCAUCAUUAAGUACCAUUAUAUUCUAUCAUAUUCUAAUGAGAGAGGUGGCCAGUCACAGGACAAGCUAAUUGGUGAUUAAUGUUGUGUAUCAGUGAGAGACGAACGCAAGAUUGGCCGUUUAAUGACAAAACGCUGUAUUUAAGUGCUGAAUGUGUAAAAAACACAAACAGAGAGGGGAAAUUAGAGAGAGUGUGAUUGAAAUCAAAACAGAUAUGGCCUCUUAGAGGUCUAAUCUCUCACCUUUCCCUUCACACACACUCAAACACACACCUCCCUCCCUUCCCUCCUACUUUAAACACACACACAAACUUCCUGCAUUAUUCUGAAUUGUUCACCUCUUAGCUGCAUUAAGGACACUUACUCAGGUAAUGCUGGAGCCUGUCUCUGCAGACAUAACUUACCUGCUCCUUGAGAUUAACCGCUAACUCAGUAUUGAUGCACUGGCUGCAUCACAGGUACACACACCCACACACACACAGCACACAGAUACAAACAUCCUCAUCUGGUAUUGACACGCCGCGCGGCUGUAGGUGUUUCCAUUUAAGGUCAGUCGAUUGCCUUAAGUAUGUAAUGUUAGGAGGGGGGUCCGUAAACAUGUCAAAUUAGCAGUAAUGAAUGACCAGGCACUGGCAGGGGGAACUGUCAGGGUGCACGGCCAGGACAAUACAUUACCCUGAGUUAUCCUAGUCUGCCCUCAUUGUAACACACCCACAGUGACUGAGCAGACACGGGGUGUAAACUAGUGGGACCCAUUCAGCGGUCACACACUCCGCUUUAAUGGUCCGUGUGGCUGAUUGGUGCCCAGGAGAUGAAAAAGACUCGAAACAAGAAGUAGACACGUCGCCAGAGCACGGAAAGUUCAGGGUAAAAUAUUCUCAAAGCAAAGUUUAAAGAUUGAUGGACACAACCAGGAAAGUAGAAGGGAAAAAAAAUGCAUGAAAAUAGAUAGAGAGAUAGAUAGAGGACUAAGCUAGAGGGAGAGAAAACAAACUGUGGUAUUUAUUUUUUCUUCUCAGUGUUGAAACAGGAAAAGGACCUCUGGUUUAAUAAACCAUGAAUCCUUUCACAGAGGGUUUGUAUGUUAUUCUUCGGAGGAACAGAUACGUGAGGAGGAGAGGAGAGCGAAGGAGAAGCAGGGAGCAGCAGGGGGGGAAAGAAAAAAAAAGAUGCUCUGCAGCCAUAUGAAAUUUGCUCUCCCCACUUUACCAACACACACACUUAUACAUCCACUCUUCAGCCCACUUCCAGGCUGUAUGUUAGUUUUGGGUAAGAAGUGUGGGAUGAGGAGGGAGGGAUACACAUCCUUUCCCCCUCCUCCUCCUCGGACUGGAACUGAAGAAGCAUAAAUGAGAAGUAGAAGAUAUACUUUCCAUCUGUAAACACUCAAAUUCCUCUCUCUUCUUCCUCUCUGCAUUGUGAAAACGACCUUCUAACAUAUCCUGUCUACACGGAAAAUCAUCUGUUCACCGCAGCAAAGCACUCGCAUCAGUAUGUGGCACAUACGCACAACGAGCACAACGAGACUGUCCACUUGAAUUUCUGAGCUUGUCCCAACUAUAUGCACAGUACUGGUGCACCAGCAAUGGUGAUAAAUAAACAUGUACACAAGCGUGAA